CUAAAGUGUAAUAAAGAACCGCCUUUCACCGUUCACACUCACACGCACAUUCCUUUAUUUAAAUUCUCUGUGCCAAGUGCAAACUCCAAGCUCUCACUGUUUUUCUCUCUUUUUUCACUCCCACUCUCUCUCUGAACAAUGGGGGAAAAAUCGAAAAACACCCUCCUCUUUUCCUCCUCCAUUAUUCUCCUCCUCCUCUCUCUCUCCGCCGCUGUUUCCACCCCUCUCCAGCUCCAAACCCUAGUUCCUCGCACUCUUCCUUCCCCGUCCACUCUCUCAGGGCAAGACUCGGAACUCGAAUCCGACUCCCUCGUCGAGACCUCCGACCUCGACACUGUCAAUUCCAACACGACACUGGAAGUGCAGUUAGAAUUGCACCACGUGGACGCUUUUUCUUCGGAAGAGAUUCCGGAGCGACUCUUCGACCUACGACUCCAACGAGAUGAGCUCCGUGCCGAAACAAUCAACUCCCUCGUUGCAAAAGCGGUUGCGCGUAACCCCCCACGCGCGCCCGGAAGGCGUUCUGGGUUCAGUAGUUCCAUUAUUUCCGGACUCGCUCAAGGUAGUGGAGAGUACUUCACGCGCCUAGGUGUUGGUACUCCUCCGAGGUAUCUUUAUAUGGUGCUCGACACCGGUAGCGACGUCGUUUGGGUCCAGUGUUCACCGUGCAAGAAAUGUUACUCUCAAUCCGAUCCCAUUUUCGAUCCGACUAAAUCACGCUCUUUCUCCGGGAUUCCCUGUGGGUCCCCACUUUGCCGUAGCUUAGAUUCAUCGGGAUGUAAUCAACGCCAGAUGUGUCUCUACCAAGUAUCCUACGGCGACGGUUCAGUUACUUUCGGCGACUUCUCCACCGAAACGCUGACGUUUAGAAGAACAAGGGUGGGACGCGUGGCGAUUGGUUGUGGCCACGACAACGAGGGUUUGUUCGUUGGUGCAGCUGGUUUGUUAGGCCUUGGUCGGGGGAGAUUAUCAUUUCCCUCGCAAACUGGACGGCGGUUCAACCAAAAGUUCUCUUACUGUUUGGUGGACCGGUCCGCUUCUUCUAGACCAUCCUCCCUGGUUUUCGGCGACGCCGCCGUUCCUCGAGCAGCCAUGCUCACUCCUUUGUUAACAAACCCGAAGCUUGACACUUUCUACUACAUUGAACUGCUUGGGAUCAGUGUCGGUGGAAUACGUGUCCCCAGGAUCACCCCUUCCUUGUUCAAAAUGGACCAAGCCGGUAACGGAGGGGUCAUCAUCGACUCAGGCACGUCCGUCACCCGCUUGACCCGACCCGCUUAUAUCGCAAUGAGGGAUGCGUUCCGGAUCGGAGCUUCAAAUCUGAAGGGGGCGCCUGAUUUCUCAUUGUUUGACACGUGUUUCGACUUGUCAGGGAAGACUUCCGUUAAGGUGCCGACGGUGGUGCUGCAUUUUAGAGGAGCGGACGUGUCAUUGCCGGCGACGAAUUAUUUGAUUCCGGUUGAUGGCAGCGGGACAUUUUGCUUUGCUUUUGCGGGCACCAUGAGCGGGUUGUCCAUAAUUGGAAAUAUCCAGCAGCAGGGAUUCCGGGUCUCUUAUGAUUUAGCGGGUUCUCGGAUCGGGUUUACCCCACGCGGAUGCGAAUAAAAAAUGGCGGUGGUUUCGUUUUCUAUGGUAAGGGAAAAAGCUCAUUCCCUGCCUUUAUUUUAUUUCGGAGGGUAAGAAGAAAGGAAGAAAGAAAAAUCUUUCUUGGAUUCGACUGUGAGAAAAGAAGAGAUGAUGAAAGGCAUGUAGCUGGUUAGGAGUAGGGAAUGUUGUUUGGCGGUUUUCACGUGUUGUCUGUUGUAUUUUAUAUAUGAUGAUGGAUCUACUCAAGGAAAUUGUUACUCUAAUAUAGGGGUAUCUGUUUAAUUUUCUUAAAUUAUAAGCACUGCAAUUGUUGAAUAUCAACAGCAUAUCCAAACUAUUAUGUCUCUUUUUGUUUGGACUAUUUAUUGCCAUUUUUUUUGUUC